UCUCAAUCUCUCUUCGUAUUUCGGACUGUCGCAAAUACCCUUUUGCUAAUUCCGCAUCCUAUACCUAAACUUUAAUGGUUUAUAGAGCAUGCGUACUUCGUUUCUGCUGGACUGCGGCAUCAUGUGCCUCUUCUUGGGCACCUCCGCUCUGCUGGCGAUAGUCGCCUUGGUAUCCCCAUGGUUUUUUUCUGUCAGAAUGAACGGAAGAGUAGCCGAAGUUUGUAAGUGGUACUUCUACGGCGUGGACACGGUCAAACUUGUAAACUACAUCCCCCUGGUCAGAAUAUUCGAACCAUGGAAUAGCUUAAACCAGACAACCAUCGAAAGACUAAUGUGCAUAUCAUACGCACUGAAUGCAUCCGCCCUGUGCGUUAUGUUGGCAGAAUUUGUAUGGGUCAUGUUUCUGAUCGCCAAAAGAAAAAAAUACGUUCCGAAAAAGUGGAGCCAGUUUUCUCGAUUGUCAUUGAUCGGAUUUUCUCUGUGCGUGCUUCUUCUGCAGACAACAGCAACGCUGUAUUUUCUUCGAAUCACGGCGCUGGGUACAGCAACCGAAGGAAAGUACCAUUUCAAGACUUUCUUUGGCACCUCAAUAGAUGGCGUACUCAUCCACCGAUGGGGGCCAGACCUAGGAUGGCAUGCGUCGCUCGCAUCCUCCUUGCUGCUGCUUCUGGGCUUCCUGUUCUCCUUUCAAGUGCAUCAUCGCGCAUCCAUGGUAAAAACCACAACGGCUCAAGAUCGGACGCGCUUCAAACCAAAAACCCAAUUUAAAACAGAAAUCGAACCUCGAAACCUCACCGACCAACCGUCGCAGCUGCCAAGCCCGGCAGAGCGCCCGCGCAGCAGCGACGGCCUGCCAACAGAAACGAUAGCAAGUCAACACCUGCUCCAAAAUCCAGACCCAUAAGUGUACCGUUGACUAAAAACAUGGCCACGAGAAACACGAGAAGUGACUACAAUCCGUGCGCCGCGCUCGGGACCUCGUUCUUAGUAGACUCAAAAGCAACUGAAGGCCCCACUGCGAAAAAAUGGAAUAAAAAAAUUCGCGAAAUAUUACCUGAAUUUUCACUCAUAUCUCUGACCUAGAUUAUUUGAAUUACUUUCUCAACUAUAUCAAGGUAAUUUGUAAUAGCAUGUACCUAUCGUGUAGACCACUUGGUAUCUUUUCAAAUAGAACGGCGCUUGCUGCAUGGAAGUGCAAAAAAACGCGCCCGGAAAAAGCAGCAAGAAAUGAUUGCCACAGACCGCGAUGGCUGUCGGUGAUGAAGAGUCGUCAGAGUGGAUUGUGGGCCGCGCCGCGCGUGGAUAGGACGUCGCGUCUCACAUCGGUGACUCGAAGGACUUUUCAUGCGUCGACGGUGCUCAGCAAUGCGAACAAUUACGGACAAGAGUACCCGGGACAGACAAGUUGGGUGGAACCCAGCGCAAUGCCUCCUGGUGAGUUUUUGAGGAAGUAUUGCAAGGACCUGACCCAGUUGGCAAAGGACGGAAAGCUCGAUCCAGUGAUUGGGCGAGAGGAAGAGAUUCGAAGGACACUGCAGGUUUUGUCGCGUCGAACAAAGAAUAACCCGGUAUUGAUUGGCGAGCCAGGUGUGGGAAAGACAGCAAUCGUAGAGGGGUUGGCGGUAAGGAUUGUUAGCAAUGAAGUGCCCAGCAGCAUUAGAGACAAGAAGGUUUUGGCGCUCGAUUUGGGCGAGAUAGUGGCAGGAGCUAAAUUCAGAGGAGAGUUUGAAGAAAGAAUGAAGGGCGUGAUAAACGAUGUGUCUAAGGCGCAGGGAGAGAUUAUCCUGUUUAUCGACGAAAUCCACACAUUGGUCGGGGCAGGUGCGGCUGAAGGAUCGAUAGAUGCCAGUAAUUUGAUUAAGCCCCAGCUGGCGAGAGGAGAAUUGCACUGUAUCGGAGCAACGACAAUCAAAGAGUAUCGGAAAUAUAUCGAGAAGGAUGCCGCGUUGGCGCGCAGGUUUCAGUCUGUACUGGUACCCGAGCCAUCAGUGCUGAACACAAUUACAAUGUUACGAGGAUUGAAGGACAAAUACGAGGCGUACCACAACGUAAGGAUCACUGACGAGGCCCUGGUAGCGGCCGCGGUCAACAGCGACAGGUAUAUCAGGACUCGCUUUUUGCCAGACAAGGCGAUCGAUUUGGUGGAUGAGGCGGCAAGUCGGCUCAGGCUACAGCUGAACAGCAAGCCGGAGGAGCUAGAUCGCAUCGACAGCCAGAUAGGACGUCUGAAAAUGGAAAUGUAUGUGCUAGAGAAAGAGACGGAUGUAUCAAGCAAGGAAAGACUGAAAAAGAUGAAGGCUGAACUGGCGGAACUUGAAGCAGAAUCUCAAGAGAUCUAUACCAAAUGGCAAUCUGAGAAAGGCGUGCUCGCCAAGGAAACCAGCAUACGAGACCGCAUGAAUACGCUGCACAACGCCGUUCGGUCAUGUCAAGCAUCUGGCCACUUCGAAAUGGCAGCCAGAAUCACGCAUGAAGACAUUCCCCGACUACAGAAGGAACUAGAUUCUCUUGCCGAGACACGCGCCAACUCUAAAUACAUUCGUACCUCUGUCACCGGACAAGACAUCGCGGAAGUCGUGUCUAAGGCGACCGGAAUACCAGUGAACAACCUAGUGAUGGGAGAACGAGAAAAGCUGUUGAAAAUGGAAGAAGAACUCGAAAAACGUGUUGUUGGACAGUCUGAAGCUUGUCAAGCGAUUGCCAAUGCAGUAAGGGUGUCGAGAGCAGGACUACACGAACACGAACGCCCACUGGGCACAUUCAUCUUUCUAGGCCCCACUGGCGUCGGAAAGACUGAAUUAUGCAGAGCCCUGGCAGAAUUCAUGUUCAACACGCCAGAAGCACUAAUUCGCAUCGACAUGAGCGAAUUCAUGGAGAAAAUUUCAAUCACAAGGCUCACUGGGUCUCCUCCUGGAUACGUCGGACACGAAGAGGGCGGUGCUCUAACGGAAGCCGUCAGAACCAGACCCUAUAGCGUUGUUCUGUUUGACGAAUUCGAAAAAGCCCACCCUGACGUGGGAAACUUGCUCCUUCAAGUCAUGGACGCCGGGCAGUUGACAGACGGCCAAAACCGUCUGGUCGACUUCAGAAACACCAUCAUCAUCAUGACCAGCAAUUUGGGUGCAGACAUUCUGGCAGAGCUCCCAGAAGGAUCGCCCAGCUCUGCAGCCACUAGCCAAGUCCUUCAUCUACUCAAAACCAGGUUCCCGCCCGAAUUCCUCAACCGCAUCGACAGCACCAUUCUGUUCAAUCGACUCACUAUGCAACAAAUGCUCCCUAUUGUCAAAAUUCAACAAAAGAAACUAGAAGGUCUCCUUCGACAAAAGCACCAAGAAAUUGUCUUCACAGACACCGCUACGCACCAGCUUGCCAGACUGGGGUAUGACCCGACUUACGGGGCCAGGCCACUGAAACGUGUCAUCAAUACCUCAAUUCUCAACCCCCUAUCCAUUAUGGUCAUCAACAACGAGUUUACGGAAAUGGACCGCGUCACUGUCGAUGUAGACAGCAACGACAAGUUUUCCUUCAGAAUCGAAAAAAACGUAGUUCAGCCCACGCCAGAAGAAGAGAGGUCCGGCAGGUUGUUCUGAAUUUCCUGUAUCACAAGUGUAAAAUAGCAUAGUUGUACCGACGAAAAAAAAAAUUGUUUCGAAUCC